AUGGAAGAGAGGAAGAAUGGUCGUGUGUCAAUUGCGGCGGCAAUAAUGGUGAUGGUGGUUGAGAUGACAGCUGGUGAUGGUGAUGAUGGUAUGACAUUUGUGGAAAUAAUGGUGGAUGCGAUGAUGAUGACGGUUGCAAGGUCAAUUUUGCAAAUUUCCCGACAUAUAAUCGUGUUUCAUUCAAUCCAUUUUGUUCAACGACGAAACAAUCCCGUUACCUAG